AUGGCGCAGGACUACACAGAGUACCUGGCAGUAAAUGUGUUGAAUGAGAAGCAGAUUGUCAGCUACAGACUGCUCAGCAGAGCAUUGAAAGUACAUGUCAAUCUUGCGAAGCAGAUGCUCUACGAGUUUCACCGCAAACAAAACGCAAAGACACCCAGCAGCGUCCACGCAACCUACCUCCUCACCGGCAUACGUCGUGUCCUCCCAGACCCUCCCCAAUCCAAUGGCAAUGGCGCCGCCCCUAGUCAAGAGACCGAUGGCGACGACACGAUCAUGCAGAGCAGCCCCGUCCUACCCUCCUCUUCAAUCCCGCAACCCUCGACCGAAUCGACUCCAGAACCAGCCUUAAUCCGCUCCAUUUUGCUCGUCAAGCAAGAACACCUCGACCAAGCCAAAGCGACCUUCGACACAAUCUCCAGCACGCACAUCUACAGCCUUGAGCCUCACGCCCUGACCGACGUGCAGGUCCUCACUGAAUGCAACCGCAAAGUCGCCGCGGACUACGCAUCAGAAGACCCGCUGGAAGCAUGGAAGCAAUACGGUACAAUCCAGAACCCGAACGUAAAGCGUCGGAAACGCGGUACAGCGCCUCCACCACCAGCGCCAGUAGCAAAGACAGCAGAGACCAAAGUCAAACCCGCAGCACCAACGACCAAACCCUCAGAACCGCAGAAGCCCUCCUCCAAAACCCCCUCUGCCAAACCAACACCCGAACCAGAGUCGAAGAAGCCAACCUCGAAACCUCCCGCAACCAAGCGCCAAAACUCCGACAUCUUCAAGUCCUUCGCCAAAUCCACCUCCAAGCCCAAGCAGAAAAACGACAGCCAGUCCUCCGCCUCCGCCUCCCCAGCUCCAGCCCCAACCGAAGACGAACCCAUGGCCGAUUUCUCCGAAGACGAAGCUGAUGACGACGACGCUGCCAUGCUAGAAGCAGAAAAAGCCUCCGACUCGGCACCAACAGGCAAAUCAAAGAAAGAGCGCGCAGCGGAGUUGGCGGCGAUGAUGGACCAGGAGGAUGAGGAGAUGGAGGAUGCGGCGCCCACUCCUACGACUGGUGCUGAGGAGGCGGAGGAGGAGCCGAGCAAUGCCAUAGACAAACCCGUCCCUCCACCUCAGGAAGAAGAGCCAAAAGAGACCGUCAUAGUAGAGAACGGCCGGCGUCGCGGACGGAGACGCAUAACGAUCAAGAAGACCGUCAAAGACGAAGAAGGCUACCUGGUGACGAAAGAAGAACCCGCCUGGGAGUCCUUCUCCGAAGACGAGCCGCCGCCAAAGAAGGCGAGACUGCCUUCGAGCAAUGCCAAUGCGGGCGGUGGUGGCAAGACGGCGGCGAAGAAGGGUGGGAAGCCCGGGCAGGGGAACAUCAUGUCGUUUUUUGGGAAGAAGUGA